AUGGUAUGGUGUUAUCUAAAAAACACGCCUAUGCUCUUUUCUGUCUAUGCUUUCCUCUUUCCUCACUUUCUUUUAUAGAGAUAGAAGUUCUACAAGUAAUAUUACUAAUUUGAUGUCUUAAAAGCGUUAAGUGUGGAAGUGAGUUUACUUUUAGGCUGUGGGGUCAAGCUUCCUACUGAAGCAUGUUUAUAACAUGUAACAUGUUCAUUUAUCCAUUGUUUUCAUUUGGUUCUAAAACAAAAGGCUGGGGAAAUCAAGAAAAUCUCAAGUGUCCCACAAAGGUUUGUUUCAAACUGUACCAGAUUUUUCAGUUGACUUAAUUCAUGUCCAAAACAAAUGGCCUUGUCUCAAUGUAGUUAAUCAGUUACAAGUCAGCGUAACUGUUGUCAUUCUGAUGAUUUGUCCAAAUGUAGCCGUUUACCGCUCCACUAGAGCAGGUAAACGCCUUUUUAUAAAAGCCGGCACUUCCACUGUUUAUGUUAAGUAAAAAGUACGGACAUCUCUGUAAUGUAGACACUUGGCUCUGUCCAUGGUAUAGGGCUGACUAUUACUUUGUAACUUUUUUUUUUCAGGAAAACCCAUACUUAUUCACCAAAACAAACAGUAACACUGUUAUGAGUAAACUGAUCAGUGACGAUGACCAGGACUCCACCACAGAUGACUUCCCUCCUGCGGCCGCUGUAGCGUUAGCUGUGUGUUUAACAGCUGUUGUGGUGAUUGUUGUUGUUUUUGUGUGGAGAACCCGGAAGUCAAGACGAAGACCAGAAGCAAGAAAACUUCUCUAUGCUCCCGGACCACACAAACCAAGGAUUUGA